AAUGGAAUCCGGACACAAUCAUUCGUCAUAUCCGCGAUAGCGCAAGGUAGCUGAAGUGCUAUCUGUUCGAUCCUAUCGGCUCAAUCUCAAUCAAAGAGUCAUAAUUGUUGGACCCGAAGAUCUGCCUAGGAGAGCACCAUCAUGGGUGAACCACAGCAGGUUAGCGCCCUGCCUCCUCCACCUAUGCAGUACAUCAAAGAGUACACGGACGAAAAUGUCAGCAAAGGGUUUGCCCCCAAACCACCACCACCCAUCAGAGACAGUUACAUGAUGUUUGGAAAUCAGUUCCAGUGUGACGACCUGAUCAUUCGGCCUCUGGAAAGCCAAGGCAUCGAGCGGCUCCACCCUGUGCAAUUUGACCACAAACGUGAGCUCAAGAAGCUUAACAUGUCUAUCCUGGUGAACUUUCUGGACCUUCUCGACAUCCUCAUCAAGAGCCCUGACAGUAUAAAGCGAGAAGAAAAGCUGGAGGACUUGAAACUUCUGUUUGUUCACAUGCACCACCUGAUAAAUGAGUAUAGGCCACAUCAGGCCAGGGAGACUUUGCGAGUGAUGAUGGAGGUUCAGAAACGACAGAGACUAGAUACAGCAGAGAGGUUCCAAAAGCACCUGGAGCGGGUUGUGGAGUUGAUCCAUGGGUGCCUUGCCUCCCUGCCUGAUGACUUACCGCAGUUGGAGGGCACUGACAGUGCUGGUGACGGACCACGAACUCUGAUUUCCGGGAGCGGUGUCGGGCCUUCUGGCCAGGUUCCAAGGCUGAAAACAGAGCCUAUGGAUUUGGAGGAAGCAGGAGCAAGCUGCAUGGCGGCAGGUCACCAGAGCAAGAUCACAGCUACCAUAAAAAAGGACAAAAUGUGGGACAAAGAUGCGGCCAUGUGUAGUAUCAUUGACAAAAUUGCGUAGUAUUCUCUCACUUUCUAUACUGCAGAUGUUUUAAGUUUGAGUUGAGUUUAUUUAAAAGUGUUGUAACUAUUGUUUUAUGGCCUCAGGAAAGACAAUUAUCCAUCCAUCCUUGCCUUGGCAAAUGAUCAACCUGUGCAGAACUGAAAAUUGAAAGAUUUUUUUUUUUAAUCUAAUAAAGAUAUUUUCAGCUAAAAGAG